AUGGCAAUUUUUCCAGAGCAUAUCAAACCACAAGUGAGUCAAAUUGAUCCUGCAUUACUUGACCCGAACAGAGAGACGAAACAGCCCGAACAGAGAGACGAAACAGUCCGUCCACAGUUAGCACAACUAAACAACCCAAAGAGGAAAAGAGAUCCAGUAUCACAGAGUCCAAAAGGAAACAAUUCUAAGAAAAAGAAAAACGUAAAAACUCCAAAGCAAACAAGUGAAAAUAAAGAAAACAAUGAAAACAAUACAUCGGCCAACUCCAAAGGCGAAAAUGUAGAAAAAAUUGGUACUGAGCCUAAUUGGGUGAAAAUUAAUCUAAAAGCGAAGAAAAAGAAAAAGUAUCCACGGCCAGAUGCUCUUGUCAUUGAAACACGUGGUGGAAUAUCAUAUGCGGAUAUGCUUAAAAAAGUUAAAACGGUUCCGAAGUUAGUUGUUCUUGGCCAAAAUGUUAAGAGCAUCAGGAAAACUGCAAAAGGGGAAUUGCUUCUUGAAUUAAAUAAGCCAGCACACCAGAGCACGUCCGAGUUCAGCCAGACAGUCAAAGAGGUGAUUGGCACAGAUGCAGCUGUGCGAGUAAUGAUAAAUGAAGUUUUCUUAGAUAUCAAGGACGUUGAUGAAGUAACCACAAAGGAAGAAGUUCACGAAUCCCUGAUUAACUUAUCCGAUGAUUUUAAAGAAGUGCAAUUAACAGCAGUUAAAAAUAUGAGGAAAGCAUAUGGUGGCACUCAAACUGCAACCAUUGGUAUCAAUGCGAUAUUAGCAAACAAACUUAUAGAGCUUUCUAAGAUUCGUAUAGGUUGGGUUGUUUGUCGUAUACAAGAAAAAGUUGCGCCCAGGAGAUGUUUCAAAUGCUUAGACUUUGGUCAUCCAGCUGCAAAUUGUAAAAGUACAAAUGAUUACACCAACAACUGCCUAUGUUGUGGAGAAAUUGGACACAAAAUAGGUUAG